CGUGGGCCGGAGUGCGGGGGGCGAUGCGGCAUUCGAAACGAACUCACUGUCCUGAUUGGGAUGGUAGAGAAAGCUGGGGUCACGAAAGCUACAGUAGCAGUCACAAACGCAAGAAGAGAUCCCACAGUAGUACACAAGAGAACAGGCAUUGUAAACCACAUCUACAGUUUAAAGAAGCAGAUUGUCAUUAUUUGGAAGUAAGAUCCUUAAAUGAGAGAGAUUAUCGUGAGCGGAGAUAUGUUGAUGAAUACAGAAAUGACUACUGUGAAGGAUAUGAUCAUAGACAUUAUCAUAGAGACUAUGAAAGCAGUUAUCACAACCACUGCAGUAAAUCUUCAGGCCGAAGCAGGAGAAGUAGUCCAAAAAGGAAACGUAAUAGACAUUGUUCAAGCCAUCAAUCACAUUCGAAGAGUCACCGAAGGAAAAGAUCCAGGAGUAUAGAGGAUGAUGAGGAGGGUCACCUGAUCUGUCAAAGUGGAGACGUACUAAGAGCAAGAUAUGAAAUUGUUGCUACCUUGGGUGAAGGAGCUUUUGGCAAAGUAGUAGAAUGCAUUGAUCAUGACAUGGAUGAUACACAUGUUGCAGUGAAAAUUGUAAAAAAUGUUGGUAGAUACCGUGAAGCUGCUCGUUCAGAAAUCCAAGUAUUGGAGCACUUAAACAGUACUGAUCCCAAUAGUGUAUUCCGAUGCGUCCAAAUGCUGGAAUGGUUUGAUCAUCAUGGUCAUGUUUGCAUUGUGUUUGAACUGUUGGGACUCAGUACUUAUGAUUUUAUUAAAGAAAAUAGUUUUUUGCCCUUUCAACUUGACCAUAUCAGGCAGAUGGCAUAUCAGAUCUGUCAGUCCAUAAAUUUUUUGCAUCAUAAUAAGUUGACCCAUACAGAUCUGAAACCUGAAAAUAUUUUGUUUGUUAAGUCUGACUAUGUGGUCAAGUACAACUCUAAAAUGAAACGUGAUGAACGCACACUGAAAAAUACCGAUAUUAAAGUUGUUGACUUUGGAAGUGCAACAUAUGAUGAUGAACAUCACAGUACUUUAGUAUCUACACGACACUACAGAGCUCCAGAAGUCAUUUUAGCACUGGGAUGGUCUCAGCCCUGUGAUGUUUGGAGCAUAGGCUGCAUUCUUAUUGAAUAUUAUCUUGGUUUCACAGUAUUUCAGACACAUGAUAGUAAAGAACACUUAGCAAUGAUGGAACGGAUAUUAGGACCUAUACCAACACACAUGAUCCAGAAAACAAGAAAACGCAAAUAUUUUCACCACAAUCAGUUGGAUUGGGAUGAACAUAGUUCUGCUGGUAGAUAUGUUAGGAGACGUUGCAAACCAUUAAAGGAAUUCAUGCUUUGUCAUGAUGCGGAGCACGAGAAUCUGUUUGACCUAGUUCGAAGGAUGUUAGAGUAUGAUCCAGCUAAAAGAAUUACCUUGGAUGAAGCAUUACAACAUCCUUUCUUUGACUUAUUAAAAAAGAAAUGAAAUGUACAAUCAGUGGUCUUACUAUAUAACUUCUCUAGAGGAGAUUACAUAAGACUGUGUCAGUCAGCUAAACAUUCUAAUAUUUUUAUAAACAUUAAAUUAUUUUGUACAGUUUAAGGAUGUAAAUACUGUAUAUUUUGUAUCAAUGCCAUAUGUAUCUUGUUAAGCAAGUAUGGUCUUGAUAAUGAAAUGUUAAUGUGAAAAAUUAAAGUUAAUUUUCAUUUUUUAAAAAAUUAGUUACCAUUUUUAGAGUCUUUGGCAUGGUAACAUUUGUCCAGUGUAAAUGUUGAUCUAAGUUUUCUUUGUAAAUAGAGGUUGACUCUUUCAAGUGAUCUUUAUGAGCAAAGGGUGACCUUGACUACUUUAUUUUUAAAAUGAAUAUUCUUUAUCAAAAACUUGGAAUGUGAACUUUUUUUUUAAACCUUUAAAAACUUCCUAUAAUUGUUAAGCAGAUAAGUAUUGCUUUGAUGUAGCUGAGCAGAUUUUUGCAAUUUAAAAUGCCAAUGGUUUCUAAUUCUUAGGGAAUAUUUUCCCUUAUAUGGCUAGGACAUGUUUACAAUUGACAUUUUAUUAAAUUGUAAUUUUUUUAAUCUAGUGACAUUGGCCAUAGUGAAAUUCUGCAGGCAGUAGGAAAGGCUUCUAUUUUGUUCAGUAUUCAUUUUAAAGGGAGAGUGAGUGUGUGUGUGUGUGUGUGUGUGUGUGUGUAUGCACGCACGCCAUGGUAAUUUAUUAAUUACCCCCUUAUUAUGGUACAAAAAUGGAGGUGAAAGAAAAGGUAAAUAAUUUCAGCACUUUUCAGUUGGGCUUCCAGAAGAAAUCUUAAUGAUUAAAACAUUGAAACAUACUUGUGCCAACAGGGACAGGAUUUCCAUUAGAAAUUAUGGUGUGUAAGAUAUAAUGCAUGGAGAUGGGAACUCUGGUACCCAGGUUAGGAAAUAGUACUAAUUUCUUUGUAGUUUUUAACUGGUAGAUACUUUACUUGUUUCUGUCUUCAUGUCUGUAAAAUGGAAGACCAUAAAUACCUCAAGAACAUAUUGUUAACCCAGGGUAUUAAGCAGCUAAUAUUAUUUAAUAGGGUAUACUAAAAAUUUCUGAGAAGUAAAAGGCUUAAUUAGAAAACUUGUUUAAUAAGAUACUAAGGCAUCCCAGUAAAAUUCAGAGCUCAAGUGAUUGGUAGAUAAUCUUGUUAAAAAUAAAAUUUGAAUAUGUUUAAGGGA